AGCAUGAUGAAUUGAAGUGAAACAUUUUGUUUAGCCAUUUCUCUAUGACACGACCUACCACGCUUAUAACCUAAACAUUUUGGAUAACUUUAAAGUUAAGGGAGUUUUGAAAAGCAGCCGCGAUGGCCAAGAGUCUGCGAAGUAAGUGGCGGCGGAAGAUGAGGGCGAUAAAGAGGGAGCGAUACGGUGAAAAAGAACUGCAGAGGCUGAAGAAAAUGCUGGGAAUCGACGACACAACAACAGACGUCAACAUGAAAGAUGAUAAUGUGUUAGAAUUCUCAUGCGACGGCCCCCCGCGGGAGGGGGAGGAGGCGAAGGAGGCGAAGGGGGCGGAGCCCGGCACGUCCGGGUCCCCCGCGGAGAAGCUCCCCGUGUACGACCUCGAAGAGGAGCGCGAGCAGGAAGGCAAGUGGACCAUGAAGCUCAUGAACGAGUUCGGCACGUACCCCGUCUGGAUGCACCACAGGAAGAUCAGGACGGCCGCCAAGCUGCGCAAGAAGAUGAAGAAUGCCCGCAACAAGAAAGUGGGCAAGAAGUGAUGCAGUUUUGAUUGAAGUACCGACGAUGGCUGCUUCCUCUGCACAGUGCAGUAUCAACUUGUAACAUCCAACUUAAUCAUUAUUUAACAACUCAGUUGUUUGAAACAUAACUUGUGUACAGCAAUGUAUACAUUACAGAAUAUUUUUAUUUUUUGAUGAUCAUUAUGUCACCACAGUGUAUAAUAAAUACAUUUUGUGUUUUAAA